UGGGACGAAGCCAAGUUUGGGAUAUUCAUCCAUUGGGGCGUGUUUAGCGUGCCUGCGUGGGCACCUGUGGGAUACUACGCAGAGUGGUACAAUUGGUGGCUCCACAGCCCAUGCGAGGAUGGGGGAGCGACACAGAAACAUCAUAUAGAGACGUAUGGGCGCAACGUGGUGUAUGAUGAUUUUAUCCCGCAGUUCACUGCUUCCAAGUUCAAUGCCACGGACUGGAUCCAGUUGUUUGAAGACGCCGGAGCAAAAUACUUCGUCAUCACCACUAAACACCACGACGGGUUCGCGCUCUUCGACACGCAGCACACUUCUCACCGAUCGUCCUUCCACCUCGGGCCCCGGCGCGAUCUCGUCCGCGAGCUCAUGACCGCCGCCAAUCGAAGCAAGCUACACACAGGCACGUACUUCUCGAUGCCCGAGUGGUUUUCCCCCGAUUACGCUAAGUACGGGAUCGAUCGGUUUCCCGGCGGGCUCGCGGAGGACCCGUUUAGGAAAGGGAGGAGGGAGGCGUAUACGGGAAGAACGGACGUAGGGGACUACUUGAGGGAUGUGCAGUUGAGGCAGAUGCAGCUGCUUGCCGAGGAGUACGGGACGGAGAUUCUGUGGUGCGAUAUCGGCGGGCCCAACCUGACCCACCUCUUUGCUCCCUCCUUCUAUUCCCGAGCUCUGGCGCACGGGAAACAAGUGACGAUGAACAAUCGGUGCGGGUCACACGCGUCGUUUGACACUCCCGAAUUCGCACGGUUCUCUAGUAUAGUACGCGGGAGCUGGGAGACGAGCGAGGGGAUCGACCCGUAUUCGUAUGGGUUUAAUAGGCGCACUAAGCCGGAGGAGUAUAGGAGCGCGGGGACGAUCGUCGCUACGUUGGUGGAUAUCGUGAGCAAGAAUGGGAAUUACUUGCUCAAUCUGGGACCGGACGAGGAGGGCACGAUCGUCGAGCCUAUGCGGGAGCGGCUGAGGAAAGUUGGGGAUUGGCUGCGGCACUCCGGGUCAUGUAUCUACGGUGCAGUGCGUUCCCCCUUCUCCACAUACUCCUCCCUCGGCGCGGAACUGGGUUCUCUGAGGUUCACCCAAGCCCCAAAACAUUUCUGUAUCAUCGCCCUCUCCCGUCCGGCAACAAAUACGCUAUUCAUCCCCUCCUCGCGUGCUGUACCGCUGAGCGAAGGGGACAGGGUGACGCUCCUCGGUUCGGGGGGUGAAGCAGGUGCUCCGAGGCCGCUGGACUGGACGGUGGACGGGGAGGGAGUGACGAUAAGCGCUGAGGAGUGGGAGUGGGACGCUGUGGAGUAUGCGUGGGCUUUUAGGAUCGAGUAUGGAGAGGAUUGA